UUGAGAGGAAGUGUGUCCUGCUCGAGCGAGGAGGUGGCCUACGAUUCCUAAAGAAAUCCCGAGGCGUAUUUUAAAAGUCUCUUAAAUUACUUGUUGAUUUUUUUUUUUUUUUUGUAAUUCGCUUUUAUUUGAAGGUUUGCUGAAGAGUUACCAGUCAGCACCAAGUUAUAUUGUAGUCCUGAAGAUCGGCGAUAACUUACUGCUGUGUUACACGCCAUCAAGUAGGUUCCAUGAGCAUUAGAAGAAACGGCUGCUACGUAUAGAAGACUGACUUGGCAAACAAGUCUUAAGAAGCGCCCCCCACUCCCCACCCAGAGAUGUCGAUGGCACUCAAGCAAGUGUUCAACAAGGACAAAACGUUCCGGCCCAAGCGCAAGUUCGAGCAGGGCACCCAACGCUUCGACCUGCAUAAGAAGGCGCAGGCGUCUCUGAAUGCCGGGCUGGAUCUGAAGCAGGCUGUGCUGCUGCCUCACGGGGAGGGGCUCAGCGACUGGGUGGCGGUUCACGCUGUGGACUUCUUCAACCGCAUCAACCUGAUCUACGGUACCAUCAGCGAGUCCUGCACCGACGAGUCCUGCCCCGUCAUGUCCGGCGGCCCCAAGUAUGAGUACCGCUGGCAGGACGAGCACAAGUAUAAGAAGCCCACCGCCCUCCCCGCACCCAAGUACAUGAACCUGCUGAUGGACUGGAUUGAGAUGCAGAUCAAUAAUGAGGACAUCUUCCCCACCAACGUUGGUACCCCUUUCCCAAAGAACUUCAUGCAGGUGGCGAAGAAGAUCCUGUCCCGUCUCUUCCGAGUCUUCGUGCAUGUCUACAUCCACCACUUCGACCGGGUCCUGCAGAUGGGGGCCGAGGCACACGUCAACACCUGCUACAAGCACUUCUAUUACUUCGUCAAAGAGUUCAACCUCAUAGACCACAAGGAGCUGGAACCGCUGAAAGAAAUGACAGCCCGGAUUUGUCAUUGAAAAUGGAUCAUCUCCCUUCACUGUAGAGACGCCAGCGUUGGGGCAACAUUCCAUCUCUGAGACCACUGUGGAGACAGAAAGAGAGUUUAUUUUUAUAUGUGGCUCUUUUUGAGCAAAAAAGAUAUAUGUAUAAAAAUAUAUAAUCUGCUUAAAAAAAAAAAGAGCAUCAUAUUUUUGGUGUAACUGAUGUUUUAUGAGUAUUUGCUGUUUUUAAAACUUUUUUUUUUUUUUUUUUAACUUAGUUGAAAUUUUGUUGCUGUUUUUAAUGUAAAUUUUACAUAUCUGUUUUAUAGUGUAACAAAUAUUGGGAUGAAAACUAAACUGUGUGACCACUAAAGAAAUGAACUUCAUGUGGCAUCGUCAGUAUGUAAUUGAUAUGCAAUAUUGAUUGCAGUUCAGUUUAAUGGUAAUAAGCAGGUGGUAGAUGCGCAGUAUAUUCCCUAGACAGAAUGUGAGCACAGAGUGACUGCGUUGGAUACAAACAAGCAAACCUAUUUCUGUCAUCUGUUUAUUAAGAUGGAAGUGAAAUUCAGUAAAGAGGUAGCUGCAGAUGAAUCGCGUACUUAUUUAAUCAAUGCAAGUUUGACCAAUGAAUCCCAAAGCAGCCACUUCAUAUCCUGACCCUUGGGACCAGAUUGGUUUGCAUUAAGUCUUGGAGGCUGUAAGUGCUAUUCAGAUUCAAAUUGAAACCACUUUGAAAGAAUAUGCAAACUUUGAACAUCAUUCGUUAUAAACAGUUUUAUAAUUGCCAAUUCAACUUCAUGCUGUCGAAUUGUGAUCUGGCUACACACCAGUCUAUGGGCAACAAUACAAGAAAGCCUGACUCGAUGAAGCUGCUAGCUAGUGCUUUGGAAGGCAAUAAUCUGAGUUACUGUGGAGCAGUAUUUAUUUUAAUUGGAUUAGCAUUUCAUUAAUGACCCCCCUUAGCUGGAAAGAUGGCUGAAUCCUUAAUAGGAUAGGAGGUCAUGGAAUAUUCUGGGGAUGCUUCAGAAGACAUAGGCAGUUUCCCUAGCUUGGUGUUUGCACCUUUUUUUAAAUGUAUUUUGAAUGUAGUAUUUUAGUGGUGAACGUCAUUUUUCCCCCCUGUACUUGGCUAUAUUUGUCCCUUAAUAGCCAGAUAAAAUUCACUUGUUAAACAUAACAGAAUGUCCUUCAGAUUAGGGAGAGGGGACACAAUGCAUGCUACAAUGUGAAAUGCGUUACACUUAUUAAAUGCAUACAGUACUGUUUAGGGUUGGCAAAGUUGUUAUUGUGCGUCUUAAAGGAUGAUUUACCAGUAUCCUUUGAUUGCUUCACAUGGCCCUCAGUAGCAAUUCAGCUUUAGCGGUCAGAUCACUUGUUUCCAGAGAAAGAAAAGCCCUGAUCUUGUUCACCCAUCAACUGUGCAACCGCCACUGAGGGCGAUUUCUGUCUAGUCAAUCCAGAGCUGAAUUUGUCUCAUCUCUAGCCUUGAGACAUCAAUUCCAGUCUUUCGAUAUCAAUGGCAAUUGUGUUUGUUUUUAAUUUAUUUAAUAAUUUCAAGGAGUUGUCUUUUGUCUUUGUGCUUGACAGAUAGCGGAUGAUUAAUGGCACAUCAUGUUGAGGUUUUAAAUUAAAUGAUGGGAGACUUGACUUGUUUUGCCUUUAACGCUCUCUGUGUGUUUUAGUGAGCCAGAACUGCUGUGUUCUAGCUGGGAUGUCUGUUCCACCAGCUGCUGAGGGGCUGUGGGGUUUUAAAGGCAUUAGAAUGGACCAGCACAACACAGAUUCCUGCCUUUUCUUUGUUGUUGUGAUGAAUGUGUUCACUGGUACAGAAUAUUCCAGGACCAAUGCCUGCUUCAGCUCUGUAGUGUUAAGACUUAUUCUUAUGUGUUCAUUUAAUUAACAGGCAAACUGGGGGCAAGUUUCCUUUGUUGGAUGUGUUAGAUUACAUGUGUAUUUGAUGCUUUUAGUAUAUAUAUAUAUAUAUAUAUAUAUAUAUAUAUAUAUAUAUA